GUGCCCCGGCAGGACUUUGUCCCCGUCCACUAGGCUGCCACACCCCGCGGAGGGGACACGCGUCCAGGGGACACGGCGGCGUCAGAGUGACACGGAGGGAGCYGAGCAGCUGGCCGCGUCCCGCCGGAGCGGAGCCGCAAGAACGGGGUGAGGGGAUGCUCCCAGCGCUUGGACUUUUUCCCUUCGGUUCGUCCUCCCGGGAAUCUGGGGGGGCUGUGGGGACCCCCGGCACUCACCAGGGYUGUCCCCUUCCCAUCCAGGCUGUGCCCGGGACGGACGAAAUUACCCCACGGGAGCCACGUACCGGGACAACUGCAACCUGUGCACCUGCGGCCCCGGCGGGCAGUGGCAGUGCGAGGACCACGCCUGCCUGAUGGACGGCGAGCUGAUAGACGCGGUCAACAGGGGCAACUACGGCUGGAGAGCCGCCAACUACAGCCAGUUCUGGGGGAUGACCCUGGAGGACGGGAUCCGGCACCGCCUGGGCACUUUCCGUCCCUCUCCCACCGUCAUGAACAUGAACGAGAUGCAYAUGAACAUGGAUUCCAACGAGGUGCUGCCGCGGCAUUUCGACGCCGCCGCCAAAUGGCCCGGGAUGAUCCACGAGCCGCUGGACCAGGGAAACUGCGCCGGCUCCUGGGCCUUCUCCACGGCCGGUGAGCGGGGCGGGGACAGCGGGGACAAUUGGGCUUUGGGAAUGGGAUGGAAGGUGCAAUCAGAGCGAGGACAGAGCCGGACUGUCUUUCCCCCCUCACCCCCUUGUCCCCCACCUUGUCGCAGGGUGGUGACAGACGAGUGCUACCCUUUCACGAGCCAGCAGAGCCCUCCGGCCGCUCCGCCCUGCAUGAUGCACAGCCGCUCCACGGGCCGCGGCAAGCGACAGGCGACAGCGCGCUGCCCCAACCCCCGGACCCACUCCAACGAGAUCUACCAGUCCACCCCCGCCUACCGCCUCUCCUCCAGCGAGAAGGAGAUCAUGAAGGAGCUGAUGGAGAACGGCCCCGUGCAAGCCAUCCUGGAGGUGCACGAGGAUUUCUUCAUGUACAAGAGCGGGAUCUACCGGCACACGCCCGUGGCCGAGGGGAAGGGGCCGAAACACCAGAGACACGGCACCCACUCGGUCAAAAUCACCGGGUGGGGAGAGGAGCAGCUUCCCGAUGGCCAGACCCAAAAAUACUGGACGGCGGCCAACUCGUGGGGCACGGCGUGGGGCGAGGGCGGCCAYUUCCGCAUCGCCCGCGGCGUCAACGAGUGCGAGGUGGAGACCUUCGUGGUGGGGGUCUGGGGUCGCGUCAGCAUGGAGGACAUGCCCCACAAGUGAGCCCCCCGCUGUCCCCGAUGUCCCYGUCCCCAGCGCGGCAUCCCCACGGGCGGGGGGUUGGCGCUGUCCCCUGAGCUGUCCCCAAGCCGGGGGCUGCGCUGUCYCCGCCGUGCUGACACAGCGGCCGGGUGCAGUGGGGCGUGAGUGGGGGGCUGCUCGCGUCUCCCAUGGGAUUUACCCGCUAAUCCCCCCGCCCCGGGCUCGGCUGGGCUGCGGUGGCGGCGGGGGGCUCUUCAAAGGCAGCUGCACCCCCUCCCAUCCCGGCUGGCGCUGCGGGGUCGCCCCCUCCCCCCAUUUUCCCGACCGAUGCGGCUGGGGACAG